AUGUACCGAUUGGUUCGAUUCUCCACCAAUCAGAUCAAUUCGUUGAAAUAUCAGGGAUUUUCAACUCACCGAGUACUAAUUAAAUCAUUUCGAGUAAUGAGUACUCAAGAAAAUACUCAAGUAUCGAAAUCUACGCCGAGAAAAAUAUGUAUUAAAAAGCUACAAGAUGGCUUUGGUUUUAACGUUCGCGGACAAGUAGUUGAGGGUGGGCAGAUCAAAUCUAUACACGGAAAGCUGUAUGCGCCACUGCAACACGUCUCAGCGGUUUCUAGUCAGAGCGCAGCUGAACAAGCUGGACUUUGCAUUGGGGAUAAAAUCCUUCAGGUAAAUGGUGUCGAAGUCGAAGGUGCAUCACACAAACAAGUUGUAGAUUUGAUUCAGCAGAGCGGUGAUGAGCUGCAUCUCGUUGUGAUUGGCUCGAACGGUGAUGAAAGGCGCAUGGGAAGUUCUCUAAUCGAACUGUCAAAUAGAACUUCUAAUGACUACACGGAUCGGCGUACGCUAGCAAUCACAGUACCGGAUUUUAGUGAACUACAGCUCAACGGUGAAAAAUUUCACGUAUUCAAUAUUUAUCUCGCUGGUCGUCACCUAUGCUCAAGGCGUUAUCGAGAAUUUGAUUCAUUGCAUCAAUUAUUGAAACACGAGUUUCCAGAUUUUCCAUUUGAACCCUUACCAAAAAAGUGGCUAUUCAAAUUAUCUGAUCAGCAAUUAGAUGCUAGACGACGUGGCCUUGAACACUACCUUGACAAAAUUUGUUCUGUCCGGUCCGUUGGUGAUAGUGACAUAGUAAAAGAAUUUUUAUUUUCGGAUGCUUACGGAUCUGACUCGACUGUGAUUGAUCUCGAACUUAAAAUUAACUUGCCCGAUGGAACAGUGUCAAAUGUGAAGAUUAAACGGUUUUCUUCCGCCGAUAAAGCCUACGAAAUUCUCGUGGAAAAAAUUGGCUUGCCAAAACAAUGUACACGUUCUUUUUAUCUAUUCGAAAAUCUGGCUUACAAUUUCGAACGAAAACUUCACCCACAUGAGUUCCCACAUCAAAUCUAUAUAAAGAAUUGUUGCUCAGCGAAUUCGAGUUGUUUAUCCUUGCGAAAAUUUGUCUUUGCACCGGUGAUCGAAAAUCAACUCCUGAAGUACCCUUUAGCACGCAAAUAUCUUUACCAGCAGGCCGUCGAUCAACUGAAUAGUAUUGAAAAUUCGACGAUGGAUCAUCGUUCAACAUUGAAAACAUUCGAUGAAGUCGAAUUUAUCAAAUAUGCUCAAAGUCUGACUGAUAUUUACAAUACAAUCACAUUUCCUCCGUGUCCAUGUAGUUCGCGAAAAAACAACGGACAUGUUGUUCUCUCAGUGAAUCCUACUCGUCUUCGUCUACACGCAUGCACUGACAAUGGUCAAUUAGAUUCGGAACAAAUCGCCAAUUUUGAUUGGUCGACUAUCGGACGACAUUACCUUGUUGAUAAAGGUUUCGCAUUUGAAUAUAAACGUUCGACAAUGAAAACAGUUAAACUACAAACGUUAUUUGGACAAUUUAUGUUCGAUUGUUUCCAAUGUAUUCUUCGUGAAUUGAAAGAAGUUGCCGAACCGAACUGA